AUGUGGGGCGUACCCCAAAUCCAGCGAGGGAUUGUAGGCGUCUCGUCAACGCGAAAAGUGGAACAACUCGGUCUUGUCGUGUUCAAGAACGAGCGCGAAAGCAACAAAGAGCAGGUAGAUAAUUUUGUAGGCCUUACGCAGGCCUACAUUAUUAUCAUCAAGACCACGUUCUCGGACGCAUGGCUUGUCCAUUCGACCGAGUCCAAACCUACCAAGCGCUCCAAGUCCUGGUGGACGGACGAGUGCUCGGAGACAUUCGGAGUAUAUCAGUUGAGCCGCUCGCUCGCUGAUUACAACAAGUUUAAGAAGGCGUGCAAAGACGCCAAACGUGAUUUCUUCGAUGAACGUAUCGCGGAGAUUGCUAUUUCUCGCAAGCGCCCAUGGGACCUGAUGGAAUGGGUCAAACAGCGCAAGCUACCACCCUGUGAGGCUAUUCGCAAUGGCGACCGGCCCUGCCACGAUAUGGACGACCUCUGGGACGCCCUACACGGCACAUACAACUCAGCCUCUGGUCGUGAGUACGAUGCCUCAGUAUUAGACGAGCUUCCCGAUGAGCCAGUCCGUGAAUGGGCUGACUUCUCGGAGCAUGAGUUGUUGAGUGCCCUUAAGGGGUGCUCCAACUCCUCUGCACCAGGACCGGACCACGUUACGUGGGUCCACCUAAAGGAGUUGCUUAAGGAUAAACACGUCCUUGCGCUCUUCAUCGUGUUGGCUAACGCUUGCCUACAGGUGGGUCAUUGGCCGCAUAUAUUUAAGGAGUCGCUAUCGGUUAUCAUUCCAAAGCCGAAUAAGCCCUCCUAUUCUGUGCUGAAGGCCUUCAGGCUGAUCGUACUCCUCAUCACUUUCGGCCGUUCCACAGUUUACUGUUGGAACACCUUCCAAUCCGACUCGCGGUCUGCGGACGUGGGUGUUGGGCAGGGCUCAGCUCUCUCGCCUGUUAUCUCUGGGCUGUUCAUUGCUCCGGUAAUGAAGCUCUUUUACAUCAAAGCGGCGCCACUCAACAUGACGCUGCUGUCCUUUGUGGAUGAUGGGACCAUUCUGGCCCAAUCCAAACAACUUGACGAUAAUAAUAUUAUCUACCUUCUCUUUGUUGCCUUCGCGCUCGUUCUUGAACACGACAAGACUGAGUUGUUUCACUUUUCGCGUCGUCGAGAUGCCUACAAUCCGUCGCUGGAUUUGGGGUAUGCCCCUCACACCGGCAAUACACCUUUGAAGCCCAAGACCUAUUGGAGGUACUUGGGAUUCUACUUUGACCGCGGGCUCACGUUUCAUGAGCACGUUCGCUAUUACGCCACCAAGGCGUUUACCACCGUGCAGGCCAUGCGCAUGCUCGGGAACUCUACUAGAGGUCUCUCGCCUAAACAGCGCCGCCUCUUAUAUAGGUCGUGUGUGGUCCCCAUCGCCACAUACGGCUAUCGUCUCUGGUAUUUCGACGGCGCCCGUAAUAAGGGCACGAUGACCCAGUUAAAACGGAUGCAGCGGAAAGCUGCGCUAUGGAUUACAGGUGCUUUCCGCACCUCCCCCACAGGCGGUCUUGAGGCACUAGCGGGUCUCAUCCCCGUCCAUCUCAUGCUGAAGAAGUUGGCGAUGCGCGCAGUGUAUCACAUCGCUACCCUCUCAGACACUCACCCCCUGCGCUCUAUGAUGGGCGAGGGGCUCCUCAAGCGGGCCGCACCACACGCUCGCUCUGCCGCCUUGAUGACCCCAGCCAUGCGGGGGAAAGUCAAGAGCACUGUCAUGGAAGUGGACGAGCGUGUCCACACCUUAACUGAGAGCUUCGAGCCCUUUGCGCCCGAAGCUCGUCCAGGCGACCGGUUACUGGACCGCUAUGCGGACCGUCUCCAUUUUGACGAGUGUGAUCCUGGCCAGGAUAGGCGCCCAUAUCUAGACGAGCUCAUUGCGAAAGCAAGGGCCGACCCACUAACAGUACUGGCUGCAACUGAUGGCUCUGUCCCUCAGUCCAACCAGUAUCAGGCGGCUUCGGCUGCUAUAAUCUACAAGGGACAUCGCGAGCUCAAAAGGACCCGCUAUGUCUCUGGCAGAGUUACCGCCCCAGAUGCGGAACUCAAUGCCAUCUCGUGCGCAGUGCGCCUUGCUGUCAAGCAGGCAAACUGCCAACAUAUUAUGGUCUUCACUGACUCUAUGGGCCGAGCGGUUGACCCCGGCGUGCAUUCUGGUCAGGCUUUUAGUCUGUCAGUAUGUCGCGCUCUUCAAGAGUGGUUUGAGGCAGAUGAUCUCCGUCGCAUUACCUUCGUCUACGUCCCUUCUGCUAUGCGGUGGGAUAUCCAUGGUGAAGCACACAAGUACGUCACCGAACUCAAAGUCAGGGUUGGGCGUUGCAAGACGGACAACUCCAUAGACGCGCUACGCUCUCGAGCUGCGCACUCAGUCCUGGAUUCGUGGAACUCCACUUUCCAGGAUCCAACUUACCGAGGCUCUGAAUUCUUAGAGCUUCAACAGCCUGACGGGCGGCCGCUGCAGCCAUCGUACCUCAACGGGGGACCUUGGCUUUCAACAUUCGGACACAGUAUUACUGAGUUCACCCGCGUUCGCUGGUGUAUAACUGGCCAUGCGCCCAUUGGAGCGUAUUACCGUCGCUUCAAGAUCAAUGAGCCUCAUGGCUGCACUUGCGGGGCUGCUUUGCAGUCCCGUCAGCAUAUCCUCUUUCGCUGUCGCGAUCGCUACUCAGUGCACUACCCCCGUUUUCUUGGGGAUAUUGCAUCUUUUAUGAAGUACAACCCUACGGCGUUUGGCUUCAACCGGGACCCGUCGGGUGUCGGAUAA